CCAACAUCCGCCACCAUGGCAGACACUCAGCUCAAACCAGCAAUCCUCAUCGUGUCGGACACUGCUUCUCAAGAUCCAUCAACAGAUAGAGUAGGCGAGACUCUUACGGGUUUAUUUUCGGAGGGAUCGAGCAACUGGGAGCAACCGGUUACCAAGAUCGUACCCGACAAUGUGCUGGAGAUUCAACGAGCCAUCUGCAAUUGGACAGACGGACCAGACUGGGUAAAUCUUGUCCUCGUUAGCGGUGGUACAGGAUUUGCAGUGAAGGACAACACCCCGGAGGCUGUAUCACCUCUCAUCCAUCGCCAUGCAUACGGCCUUGUGCACGGCAUGAUAGCUGCUUCGUUGAAAAUCACACCAUUCGCUAUGAUGUCUCGGCCGGUUGCUGGUGUGAGAGACAAGUCGUUAAUUAUUACCCUCCCAGGGUCUCCUAAAGGCGCUAAGGAGAAUCUCGAAGCAGUCAUCAAGCUUCUUCCCCACGCGUGUAUGCAAGCCGCCGGUGCCAAUUCCCGAGCUAUCCAUGCGGGUGGCGUCAAAAAGUUAGAAACCGAAGCUGGCGUUUCAUCUGGAAGCAAGCAGCCAGAAUCCCAAGCAGGGCAUUCUCAUUCUCAUCAUCACCAUCACCAUCAUGAUCAUUCCCAUGGCCAUGGACAUGUUGUCCCGAAAGCACACACUUCCCCGUCGGACCGACCAAACUCAAAUGACCCCAAUGCUGGGCCAAACCGGCGAUAUCGCUCGUCUCCAUAUCCGAUGCUUUCAGUUGACGAAGCACUCCAGUUAAUUACCAAGCAUACUCCCGAUCCGGUCGUUGUCGAGGCCCCAGUGAACGUGGCCUUGGUUGGGUCUGUUAUUGCGGAGGAUGUGUAUGCUGGCGAGGCGGUUCCAGCCUACCGAGCCAGCAUUGUGGACGGAUACGCCGUGAUUGCACCAGAGUCACCGGAUCUUGGUCCUAGUACGAAGGGCAUAUUCCCCGUGGCAUCGAUUACCCACGCUAAUCCCGGUGGUACUCUGGCACCGCUUGAGCCGGGAACCAUUGCAAGAAUCACAACAGGGGCGCCCCUGCCGCCAAACGCAAACGCCGUUGUCAUGGUCGAGGAUACGGUCCUGGCGUCUUCAACUCCUGAUGGCGAAGAAGAGGCAACCGUGGAGAUCUUGACUGGAGAUAUCAAACCCAACGAGAAUGUACGUGAACCAGGCAGCGACGUCGCGCUGGGUUCCAGGAUUCUUCGAAAAGGAGACUUGAUCACCUCCGUGGGAGGCGAGAUAGGACUCUUAGCGGCUACUGGCACGGGAACGGUCAAGGUAUACAAGAAACCCUGUGUCGGAGUCCUGAGCACAGGAGACGAGCUGGUAGAGCAUGACGACCCGAACAAGCUCUACGGGGGACAAAUUCGAGACUCAAAUCGCCCGUCCCUUCUAUCCUGUCUGGCUUCCUGGGGAUUCCAAACGGUUGAUCUUGGCAUUGCUCGCGACACGCCGGUAGGCGAACUCGAGCACAGCUUGAGAAACGCUCUCCGAGGAGUCGGAAAAGCAACUGCCAGCGUCGAUGUAAUCAUCACUACUGGCGGAGUAUCAAUGGGCGAGCUGGACCUGCUUAAACCCACCAUCGAGCGUUCUCUAGGCGGCACCAUCCACUUCGGUCGAGUGUCCAUGAAACCAGGGAAACCCACCACCUUCGCGACGGUCCCAUUCAAGGCUUCGUCGUCGACGCAGUCGGCGCAGCAAGAGCGCGAGACAAAACUCAUCUUCUCGCUCCCGGGCAACCCCGCUUCGGCUCUCGUCACCCUGAACCUGUUCGUGCUUCUUUCGCUGCAUAAGCUGAUGGGAAUGGGCCAGAGGGAGGUCUCGGCGGGUGUGCUUCCUGCGUUUGGCUUACCUCUCGUAUCGGUCUCCCUUUCCCACCCGUUCCCGCGUGACGCCAAACGCACAGAAUAUCACCGGGCCAUCGUGACGGCGUCUCGAUCGGAUGGACGACUAUAUGCAACUAGCACGGGCCUGGAAGGCGUCGGGCAGCGGAGCUCGAGGGUAGGCAGCCUUGCGAGCGCGAACUCGCUCUUGGUACUCCAGCCGGGAAGCGGAAAGGCCGAGCAGGGUGCUUUGGUGGAAGCUUUGAUGCUAGGGGCUGUUGUGGCUGAAAAAUAGAAUAUUGGACUAUACGUGACUAUUAUAAGUGAUAUAUACCGCUGGGCUUCUAUGUUUUAUGAUAAUUAUAUGAAAGCUAGGAAGUCCGCACUUG